AUGAACCUUGAAGAGCCUCAUUUCCCAUACUACCCAGCGCCAGCAAUGGUAGACAUUCUAAGUGUGGAAGCCGACCCUGAUCUUGAAGUAACAUCAUUGAUACCUAUAAAGAGCCAACCACAGCCUGGUUGGGGAGUUUGGCCGGAUGCCUUCAACGACGAUCGUGUGUCAUACAUGGAAAAACUUAUAUCUGACCAUCGUCCCUUCAAGAAGGAAUUUUGGCAUGGUGGAGACACAUCUGUUACUUUCGAUGUCAGCGAUUCAAGUGAUGAUGAUGACCCUAUUCUUUUGAGAACAGUUUGCACCUCCACUCGCAAGGCUAAACCAGCUUCACCAAAAGUUCUAAAACCAAGGAAGACACCAAAGAUAAGUGUCACGCACCGUAAGCAAAGACGCAUAAGCAACUACUUCCAGGCUGCGGCUUCUUCCUCCUCCUCAAACAACAAAAUUCUGGAGCUUUUGUCUGGAAUUUGUGAACAAAUAUCCAACAUUCAAAACGAGCAGAGGCUGUUCCACAAAUUUGUUGAACAUAAAACAAAAAUCAACCAAGCAGACAAAGCAUGUCAAACUGAGUCACCAAACUUACCUACGGCUAUGGAUGAAGAUCACAUUUUCACUCAAUCUCCUGUUGUCAGCCAAUACAAGGCACAGAUGUUACGAAAGGAAGCAACUCCUGAACCCGUCCACACUUCUCCUUACCAGACUUCUCCUAUCCACACUUCUCCUAACCAGACUUCUCCUAUCCACACUUCCCCUACCCAAACAUCUCACAUCCACACAUCACCUAUCUCCACCUCUCCUAUCAAAACCUCCACCCCUGUCCAUAACACCCACUUCUCCAUAACACCCCCGAACACUUCUCCCAACCACACAUUUGCCAACCCUUUCAAUGACACACCCAUCCAAGAAAGAACCCCCACUCAGCCAACUCAACCUUCUCAAUAUCGGAAUGGUGUCAUAUACGAUGCUAGUGAGCACCCUGAUAGCCCCGAAAUCAACCAUAUCCUAAACCACGGUAAACUAAUCUUCGACCCCAUAAGUCCAGACCCCCCCCCUCUCUCACUCAACCUAAAUACGACUCCUCAAUCAAUCCAUCUACGCAAAGACGUAUUUUGCCACUCUCACCCCUCCCUUUGA